AUGGCGCCGAAAACCUGCACGAAUUGCAAGGAAGCCACUUGCUCUGGCUGCCGCAAACCCGACAGAGUGUACAAACCCUUCAACGAGAAUGUGUACAAGCUCAACCUCCGGGCCCUGGUCGAUUACAGCGUCUACAGGUCCAGCGACGAGCGUAGUAACGACAAGGUAGCGCAGACGAUCGCGCCUCAAAUGCUCAAUGGUCGAGAGCCUCCUGACCUCGAGCUUCUGGUCCAUCUCGCCCCGAGCCUGGCGGAUAUCGAGAAGGCGGUAAACACCACAGCCGAGCAUGUCAAAGGCGUGUUCUUUGAGGUGUACAUGAACGCCCCGGAGGAGGUCUCUGUUCGAGCGUACGGUCUCUGGGUGAAGUGGAAAGCGGAAAAUGUCUUCCCUGAGGAUCUGCGGCUCAUUCCUGGCACCAGUCGUGAGGCUGCAGCCAAAGAGUAUCCAGAAGCUUUGCGAUUCUUCUCUGGAUGCCUGCAGGAAGUAGCACUGGCAUGCCAGUGGGCCAAGCAUCUCAAGCAACACUUGUGGGAGGCCGAACGAGCAGAGGACGACCCGUACUUCUUGGGGCUUCUCGAGAAAGACCAGAGACGAAUGUUCGCUCGGGAAGAGUAUGGCAUCAAUAUCGACUGUCCCCAAUGGGACGCCGCCGGAGAGAUUGCCAGUGCUGUGAUCAAGGGCAAGAAACCUCCUUCAUUGAGACUGCUGAAAGACAUCCAGCCUGAUACCGUGACUCUUUCGUGGGCUUUUAACACCGCUUUGGUGUCGAUGAACGGUACCAUUAUGAAGGUGCAGCGCGGCGACGGCGACUCCAAGCCACCGAAUUGGAUCUUGAGUCGGACAUACAAGAUGACGUCGCACUGGGACUGCAUCAUGGUGAUGUUUGAAAACUCCAAGAUGAUCUGGAAGGCCGCGGAGACGGGCGAGGAGUUGAGUCUCUUUGCCGCGUGCCUGAACGACCUUGCCGAAUGUCUGUCUUUUUGGAGUAAGCGAGAAUAUGGGCUGUGGCCGUCGGAGCCCGCGCAGCCGAAGCCAAAGGUCAAGCUGUCUGCUACCGGAAAGACAAAACAUACGGACAAGUUUGUCGAAAACAAUGGAAAGGAGAGGGAGAUCCCGAAGACAAUUGACGACUUCUCACUUGACAUGUUAAUGGACCUCGACCUCCUCGGUUUAGACGGACUGUCAAUCUCUAACGGUUCAGCGGUUUCCAAGUGGAGGGCCAAGUACAGCGACGGAGAGAUGAUCGGUCUGCGAUACGGCGUGCGUCCGAACAUGGAGGGAGACGUAGAAACCGAUCUGGCCCGCAAGGUUGCUCACAAGGUGACAAAAGAUGGCUUACAGCAUCCAAGUAUGUCGAUGCUCGAAGUCUUGGACGCCAGUGCCGACGACCUCGCUGAUGGCGUGGAGAUUGGCAGCGACUGGAUCGUAAAGUCCUGCGAUUCGAUGAGGAAGGCCCAGGGCGAGUCCGUUGGUGAAGGGUUCUUGAAGGACUUCCGGAAGUACGACGCUCGUAGCAGUGGUGGCUACCUAUCGGACCGGAAGGCUUCAAAGGAGAAGAAUCGGGAGUACUUCUUCGAGUGCAUGCAAGAUGCUGCCUUGGUUUGGAAUUGGGUCAACCCGAAUCCGGAGAAGAAGGAUCCUAGGUUCGACUUCACGAAGAAAAUGACCAAAGAGUAG